UGCCCUUUUCAUACUUGUUGAUUUUGGAAGUUCCUUCUGGCCUUUGCCAGUUAUAAAAAUUAAUUAUAAAGCUCUCUUUUUUUCCCGAUUUGAAGAUUCUGCUCGUGUUUGCUUCCUUAGCCACAUGCUAUGCUGUCAUUAGAUGCCAUUUUUAGGACAUUCUAUUUUUUGGGAAAUAGUCCAACUGCUAUCUUCAUCUUCGUUACAGCUUUUGCAGCUACCUCGGCAUUUAAUUGAUUGGGGAUAAACUUAACUGAUAUCUUUGCUUUGCUUGCUCUCUGAUAUGGUGUCAUUCCUUUCUCUUGUCUUGGUUUAAUUGGAUCUAUAGCCGUAUAUUCAUGAGACGCGGCACCAGCAUGCCAUGAGAAGAGUCGGGAAGUAGAGGGCGGUUUCUUCAAGAAAAAUCAAGGCUUCGAAUGAUGCAGCCGAAGAGAAGGGAACAAACUUGGUCAGGCUCUGUCUUCCCAAUCUGCCAGUUCAUUGGGCUCUCUGAACCUUUGGCACCUGACUUCUCUGAAACCUGGAAUUCAUCUAGUAAACACAUGGUAGGAAGGAAGGCCGCAAGAAGGGUGUCAACGCUUCAAUUUGAUUUGGAUUUUCAGCAAAUCCGAACUGAACUAACCGUUAAGUUGGAUCUACAACCGCAUCUUCAUGAGUCGCGGCACCAGCAUGCCAUGAGAAGAGCCAGAGGAAGUGGAGGGCGGUUUCUUGAUCCAAGUAAAAUCAAUGCUUCGAAUGAUGCAGCUAAAGAGAAGGGCACAAAUUCUGCUCCUGCUCUAUCUCCCAAUCUGCCAGUUCAUUGGGCUCUGUUAGGCACCUGACUCCUCUAAAAUCUGAAAUCCAUCUAGUAGUCACAUGGCUGGAAGGUCGGUGGUGUCAAUA